CACAACAUGAUACCAGAGGCUAGUUAUGAAGCCAAGAGCUACAGAACUGUUACAUCCAAUAAUUACUCAUUUGACUAUGAUUUGACAAGACUUAAAGAGCUCACAAUAUGCACUGUCCGGGUCCGGAGGAUAUAAAACCAAAUUCUAAGGCCUAUAGUAUGUAUGUGCGUAUCCUACACAGCAGAUGGCAGCACAACGCAAACUGUUCAGUAAAUCUGCCUGACGGAACCGAACAUGCACAGUAGUAGAAACAUUAGCGAACAGCUGAUACAAUGGCGCCACUGGACCUGGAUAAAUACGCGGAGAUUGCCAAGCAGUGUAAAUAUUUACCUGAAAACGACCUCAAGAGGUUAUGUGAUUAUGUAUGUGACCUAUUGCUGGAGGAAUCCAAUGUCCAGCCUGUGUCCACCCCUGUGACUGUGUGUGGAGAUAUACAUGGACAGUUUUAUGAUCUGUGUGAACUCUUCAGAACUGGAGGACAGGUCCCAGACACAAACUAUAUUUUCAUGGGUGACUUUGUUGACCGGGGAUAUUACAGCUUGGAGACAUUCACAUACCUGUUGGUGUUAAAAGCCAAAUGGCCUGACCGCAUCACGCUUUUAAGAGGAAACCACGAAAGCAGACAAAUAACCCAAGUAUAUGGCUUUUAUGAUGAAUGCCAAACCAAAUAUGGAAAUGCCAAUGCCUGGCGCUACUGUACCAAAGUGUUUGAUAUGUUAACAGUUGCAGCGCUGAUGGAUGAGCAGAUUCUGUGUGUUCAUGGGGGCCUCUCCCCAGACAUAAAGACCCUGGACCAGAUCAGAACCAUUGAGCGUAACCAGGAGAUCCCCCACAAGGGAGCAUUCUGUGACCUUGUCUGGUCAGACCCGGAGGACGUCGACACCUGGGCCAUCAGCCCUAGGGGAGCUGGGUGGCUGUUUGGUGCAAAGGUCACCAAUGAGUUUGUUCACAUCAACAACUUGACGUUGAUCUGUCGGGCACAUCAACUAGUCCAUGAAGGUUACAAGUUCAUGUUUGAUGAGAAGCUGGUCACAGUCUGGUCAGCUCCUAACUACUGCUAUCGCUGCGGCAACAUUGCCUCCAUCAUGGUCUUCAAAGACGCCAAUACAAGGGAGCCCAAGCUGUUCCGGGCGGUGCCCGACUCAGAGAGAGUAAUUCCACCCAGAACAACGACACCAUAUUUCCUGUAAACACUGCACUAACUAUCAUCAUCUUUGGCCGCACUGUUAUCAAGCACCACAUUUGUAAUGCAUCACAUACAGUGGAGCAACAACAACUCCCGUUGAAGUGACACCACUGAUUAUGUCAUUCAUAUUUUACCAGUGGAGGCUGCUGAGGGGAGGACGGCUCAUAAGAAUGGCUGGAAUGGAGCCAAUGGAAUGGUAUCAACCACAUGGAAACCACAUGUGGUUGAUACCAUUCCAUUGGCUCCAUUCCAGCCAUUCUUAUGAGCCGUUCUCCCAUCAGCAGCCUCCACUGUAUUUUACUGUAGGCUAUUGUAUGUAACUUAUAUACAGUACUGUGUGUUUUUGUGUCUGCUGUAGCUCUGUGUGCCAACACGUGUGUUCACACAGAAGUACUCUAUUAAGUAAUGCCACUACUCUGUUUCAAACGUUUUAGGCGAUAGCAGUGUCAAUAUUUCAUGUUUUUAUCAAACACAUGUUAGAUUUAAUGAAUCAUGGUAGAUUACAAUAAGAACACGUGAAGUGAAACAGGAACACUUAUUUUAGCCACUUUACAGAGAGAGGUCACCAUUUCAGUUUGACUUCGGUCUAUUUGCAGCCUAUUAGGAAUAAACUGUAGAAGAUGUUAUUUGUCAGAUGUUUGAUUUUAUUUUUGUAAUGUAUAUUUAUUGAAUUUCAUGUAUCGUGUAGAUAUAUAUAUAUAUAUCACAGUAUAAAGCACUCAAAUUAGAAAUAUGUUUAAAUGAGAAUUUACUCAUGCACUUGACUUAGUUAUCUUAUGUAGUCUUAUAAUAAAGCUAUAAGCCUGAUAAUUGAGGUGAGAAAUUAUUAUAAUGAACAUCACUGAUCUAAAACAUAUAGAUAGGUUCUUUGAUGGAAAAUUGUAUGUUGGUGCUUUUCUAUUUACCAAUUUUUAUGUUCUGUGUUUGUGCUUUUCUAUAAACCAAUUUCUGUGUUCAUGCAAGUGACUGAUUGAACGAAUCCUUACAAUUAGUGUCUGCAAUUUGGCAGUACGCCCAGACCCCUGUUUAGAGAAAGGGACAUCUCAGUUUCAAGGUCUCAGCUUAGAGAGAAGAAGCCUCGUGAGGUAUUAGUCUGUCACAUGCAUGAACCAGUAUUGGUCAGUCACAUGAAUGAAGUAAACGUUAAUGAUUAAUUAGUUAUGAAUAAGCCAAAUCAUGCAACUAUGACUUGUCAGUAUAUAAAGGAACUAAUAGGACUGCCCCGUUAGAGCUCCUGACAGACGUUCACUAUGGUGCAUCAAGUUUGCUGGAACCUCUCCAGUGAGCUGAUAAAAAACAAUGAUUCAUUUAA